CGGUUUGCUCUGCCUCUGCACAGCAGCGUAGAAACCCUAGCUCCAAAUCGAAAUCCAUCGUCUUCGGCGACGGCGCUAGUGACCAGUUCCGGAACCGGAACCGCGAUCGUUUCAUGCUGAGCUAUUAGGUUUCUGAUUCUCACUUUUUGCAUUAACCGGUAGAAUAUCUUGAUUUUGGGACGCUUGUUAGCAAUGACUAUAGCUUAUCGGAAGAGCGUACCCAUGAUUACCUAUUCAGAGGAAAUUGUUGAUGGUGAACCAAUUUAUGUAUCCUCAAAUUGCCUUCCGGUGAAGGCCCUAAGACAUGAGCCUGCGGGGCAUUCUUUUCAUGCUGCUGCACUUAGGUUGAUAGGUCACUGUGUUGAGGUCGACACAGAUGAUGAUGAUGGAAAGGAUGCUGCUAGUGAGAAGGAACAUGUCUAUGUAGAGUCAUGGGAUUCGUACAGCAGUAAGUCGAAGAAGAAAUCUGGCAGUGAAGCCAAGCAACAAGACCAUUAUGCACUGUUGGGGUUGAGCCAUUUGAGGUAUCUUGCAACCGAGGAUCAGAUAAGAAAGAGUUACAGGGAGGCUGCGUUGAGGCAUCAUCCCGACAAGCAGGCUGCUCUUUUGCUUGCUGAGGAAACAGAGGCUUCUAAGCAGGCAAAGAAGGAUGAGAUAGAGAAUCACUUCAAAGCAAUUCAAGAAGCAUAUGAAGUGCUGAUUGACCCUGCCAAGCGAAGAAUCUAUGAUUCCACGGAUGAGUUCGAUGAUGAAAUCCCUCAUGAUUGUGCGCCGCAGGACUUCUUCAAGGUUUUUGGGCCUGCUUUUAUGAGGAAUGGGCGAUGGUCUGUGACCCAGCCAAUCCCAUCUUUGGGUGAUGACAAAACUCCUAUUGAAGAAGUGGAUAAGUUCUAUAACUUUUGGUAUGUCUUUAAAAGCUGGAGGGAGUUUCCUCAUGCGGAUGAGUUUGACGUUGAGCAAGCAGAAGGGCGUGAUCACAGGAGAUGGAUGGAAAAGCAAAAUGCCAAAUUGUCAGAGAAGGCAAGGAAGGAAGAAUAUGCACGCAUCCGUACUCUAGUCGAUAAUGCCUAUAAACGAGAUCCUAGGAUUCAGAGGAGAAAAGAAGAAGCGAAAGCUGAGAAGAAGAGAGCCAAGGAAGCGAAAAUUUUGGCGAAAAAAAUGCAGCAAGAAGAAGCAGCUCGAAUUGCCGAGGAAGAAAGGAAACGAAAAGAGGAGGAGAGUAAAAGGGCUGCUGAAGCUGCUUCGGUUCAAAAGAAAUUGAAGGAGAAAGAGAAAAAACUUGCUCGUAAGGAACGGAGCCGCCUCAAAAAGCUGUCGACUUCUGUUGUGUCUCAGUGUUUACUCGAUCUAAACGAUGAUGAUGUGGAGAGUCUGUGCACAUCUCUUGAUAGAGAGCAACUUCAAAAUUUGUGCGACCAGUUGGAGCGAAAGGAAGAUCAUCUCGAGAGAGCUAAACUCCUCAAAGAGAAGCUCGAAUCAAACCAAAAGGCAAAGGAAAAGGAAAAAGAAAAGGAAAAGGCGGAAGAUGAGAAGAGCACAAAGCAAAACGGUUUCGUUCAUAUCAACGGACUUGCUACUGCCGCUGCUAACAAUUCUGAAAAGCCUUGGAGUAAAGAAGAAAUCGAACUUUUGAGGAAAGGCAUGCAGAAAUAUCCUAGAGGAACUUCCCGAAGGUGGGAAGUGAUUUCCGAGUACAUCGGGACGGGCAGAUCAGUGGAAGAGAUUACAAAGGCUACAAAAUCAGUUCUUCUGCAGAAGCCUGAUUCUGCCAAAGCUUUCGACUCCUUCCUCGAGAAAAGAAAGCCCGCACAAGCAAUAGCUUCUCCUCUUACAACCCGAGACGACGUCCAAGGCUCGGUGACUACCACUGCAAGCUCGGAGGAAAACAGUGACGGAACAGGCACAGGCACAGAUGAAGAUUGGUCAGGCGCACAGGAAAAAGCUCUCGUCCAGGCUCUAAAAACCUUCCCUAAGGAAACUGCCCAGCGCUGGGAGCGAGUUGCCGAAGCAGUGCCUGGGAAAACUGUUGCCCAGUGUAAGAAGAAGUUUACGACAAUGAAAGAGAGCUUCAGGAACACUGCCAAUAGAAACAACAAUGAUUCGCAGGAGGAGGGGUCGGGGUCGGCUACUGCUAGUGUCCCCUCAACGACACCAUCUUCGUCUUCAUGUUCUGAGGAAGAUGCGUGGUCGGAUGUGCAGGGGAAAGCUUUGUUGCAAGCCCUCAAGUCGUUUCCGAAGGACACGAACCAGAGAUGGGAGCGCGUCGCGGAAGCAGUUCCGGGGAAAACUGUGAUUCAGUGCAAGAAAAAGUUUGCAUCGCUUAAGGAAGAUUUCAGGAACAAGAAGAGCGCAGUGUAGUAGUCAUCCUACACCAGUUUUGCCGGGUAACUUACUAGUAGUAGUAACAUCUUAUGAUGUUCUUAUUCAGAUAUAUAAUAUGCAUGCAUGCGUGGCCAUCCUAUUAUUUUUUAAACUACAUUACAUUCUAUUAAAUAUUAUUUACUAUUAUUGGAUAUUGAUUGUGUUUCUAUCGUAGAAAUUAAUUAAUUAAAUUUCCUUAUCUUAUUAUAUAA